ACUUGACUGACCAAUGGGCGACAUGCACCUUCAAUAGGGAAGGGCCGACAGCAGGCGGUGCAACGGAAGGACCCGCAAACCUCCCCAUUUAGUCAUCUUAAUUUUUGCCUGUAAGGAAGUGCUUCGCCAUUUUUAGGUCUGUCGUUUCCCCCACCAAAUCCAGUGUUUAAUAGCAGACCUGGAGAAGUCUCAAGAAAUUUGCAGUAGCCUUAGAAUGCUUUCUAGCAGAUUAGGCAAUUAACCCGGGCAGCUCGCCUCUCUAGGGCCCUUCACUCAGCAUUCCGCGGCUUUGGGGUCGAACAGAAUCUGAAGCCAAUGGGCUUUGCCGAAAUGAGAAGUGGGCAGAGCCAAUCCUUAAAGGAUCCACGCCCCUUGAGUAGAGGGUGACCCGGAUGAUGGCGGCCGGCGGGGCCGUAGCACUGGCCCUGUGGCUACUCCUGCCAGCAGUAGGAGUGGGAGAGGCGGGGCCGCCGCCCAUCCAGGACGGCGAGUUCACGUUUCUGCUUCCCGCCGGGAGGAAGCAGUGUUUCUAUCAGUCCGCACCGGCCAAUGCUAGUCUUGAGACCGAGUACCAGUUUGAUAACUCUAGGGUAGAAGUGGAGAACCGACUCCUACAAGUAGCCCUCCAAUCUCCACAGGCACUACUCCUCUACCCCAAGCAAAGAAGUGGGAUUUUUGUGGUGAUCGGAGGUGCUGGGCUGGACGUGGACUUCACCUUGGAGAGCCCUCAGGGUGUGCUGUUGGUCAGCGAGUCUCGAAAAGCUGAUGGGGUGCACACGGUGGAGCCUACUGAGGCCGGAGACUACAGGCUGUGCUUUGAUAACUCCUUCAGCACCAUCUCAGAGAAGCUUGUGUUCUUUGAGCUCAUCUUUGACAGCUUCCAAGAUGAGGAGGAGGUAGAAGGUUGGGCUGAGGCUGUAGAGCCAGAGGAGAUGCUUGAUGUGAAAAUGGAAGACAUCAAGGAAUCCAUAGAGACCAUGAGGACCCGGCUGGAACGGAGCAUCCAAAUGCUCACUCUGCUCCGAGCCUUUGAGGCUCGUGAUCGUAAUCUUCAAGAAGAUAACCUCGAGCGGGUCAACUUCUGGUCAGCUGCCAAUGUGGCUGUGCUGCUGCUGGUGGCCGUCCUGCAGGUCUGCACACUGAAGCGCUUCUUCCACGACAAGCGCCCUGUGCCCACGUAGCCCCAGCCACAGAGGAUGACAGAAACAGGAGGGCAUGGGUGUGUGACUUGCUGGACACCUCCCGGACUCAGAUGAGACACUGCACAGUUGGGUCCUUAGCAGUGGCCCCAUGUGUGUCCCUUCCUCAGUGACCAGGGAGUGCCAAUGGCUCGUAGACCCCUGGGGGGGGGGGCUCAGCAACAGUGCCUGUUUCGUGGAAGGUGGACGUGUUGGGCGCUGCAGUAUGGGGACAUGUUACCCUGGAUUUCUCCUGAAAUCGUGCCUUAGCUUCAGUCUUCCAGCCAUUAGGAUGGGGUCAGGCUGUGGAGCUGCCCCUGCCCUCCAACUAGACCCCCAGCUUGUGUCUCUGCUUUGCUCCUGGGGGUAAGCCUUCUUUACUAGGGCCUGGGAAGGAGACACGUCGGCAGCACACGUCUUGCCAGGACAGUCACUUUUAUUGGAAAGGAAGGAGCCCUGGUCCCUUGGCCCACAGGGCCAAGCUAGUUGAUGGUUUGGUUAGAGAACUGUAGAGCGGACCCCUUCCUUCUCUCUGGUGCAGCACCUCAGACAAGGCUGAGGCGCUGCUCUGCCAGAGCUGGCCUAUGAGCCUAAGGGACAAGGGCAUUCGUCCUGGGCACUGGAGUCAAUAAAUUAUGGUCAGAAAAGUU